AUGGCACCCCCUGCCUGUGGUGCUAUGAACAACUGCACCCUGACAGCAGAGGACUGCAGCAUUGGGUUCGAGAAAGACCAGAACGGCUGCAACACCUGCAGAUGCAAGACGCGAGAGGAGGAGCACGGGGGUCAGUUGGCAGACUGUGGCCUGAGCUGCCCUCUUGGGUACCAGACGGAUGAGCAGGGCUGUAGAAUGUGUCUGUGCAGGACCCAGCCUGAGGAGUGCAAGUCUGAGGCCUGUGGGAAGCAGUGUCCCCACGGCUUUAGAAAGAACAAACACGGCUGUGAUCUCUGCAGUUGUAAGAAGUGUCCAGAGCUGUCAUGUGACCUGGCCUGUCCGGCUGGCUUUGCCCAAGAUGAUUCGGGCUGUCUCAUCUGUCACUGCAAAGAUCCGCCUGCCCUGUCAAUCACACCCUCGGUGGCCCGGUCCGAGCCUUGCCUGUCUGUGGACGGGCGCCGGCACGGCGACGGAGAGAGCUGGCACGACGGCUGCAGGGACUGCUACUGCCACAACGGCCGGGAAAUGUGUGCCGUGAUCUUCUGCCGUGUGCCAGCCUGUGCCAAUCCCAGCAUCCCACCGGGCCAGUGCUGCCCCUCCUGCACCGAUGAAAUCAUCUCCCGCAAGCCCGAGCCGAGCGAGUCGCUGGCGUGCCCCGACUCUGGCGGCAGGCGGGUCAGUGAGGGCGAGGGGUGGCGCCUGGACUCCUGCUCUCAGUGCACCUGCCAGAGUGGGCAGACGAUGUGCGAGACGGAGGUUUGCCCACCUGCGCCCUGCCAGGACCCCGUCAGGACCCCGGACUCCUGCUGCCCCCGGUGCCCAGGUGAGCCCCUCACGCCUCUGUCUCCUGGCAACACGGGCAGCGCUCCAAACUACUGCGAGGGCGAGGAUGGGGCUGUCUUCCUCUCCGGCGAGUCCUGGAGGCCAGACGCCUGCUCCAGCUGUGUCUGCUUGGACGGCGGGGUCGCCUGCUACUCCGAGCUGUGCUCCGCGCUCGGCUGCGCCCGGCCCGUGCUGCGCAAGGGACAGUGCUGCCCUUCCUGCGCAGAAAACAAUAUGGGCAACGCUGCUCUGCGUCUGCACCAGAUGAAUAAGUACCGACACAGCCACUAG